UCUUAAGUAUAAUUACUUACUCAUGAAGGAACUUUAAGAGGAAUUCGGGAAUCGUGGAGAGAAGCAGAGGUAAAAAUUUUUGAGACAUUUAUAUGGGAUGCUUGAUGUAUUGAUAUCUAAUAUUAGAUAGAAUCCAAAAAAUGAUUAGAUCAUAACAUGGUAUGAACAUGGGUUUGUAAUAUAGAAUGUGGACGAAUUUAAAACAUAAUUGCUCCCUACCAAUUUCAAACACAAUAAUUACUAGAGUUUCAUGAGAUAGCUCAAUAAAUAUGGAUUCAAAAUAAAAUCUAAAGAAAAUUUAAAAGCUUAUUUCACUCAUCCUACUAUUAGGGAGAACUAGAGGGAAACGAAGAGAGUUUUGACGAUCAAGAAGAAUUCCUAGAAAUUAGAUUACAAAAAUGAAUUAAAAAGUUUAAAGGCACAAUUAGACGAUCUCAAAGAAGGACAAAGGAUCUUAAAUAAGUAGUUUCAACUUUCAAUUAAAAUCAUGAUGAAAUUGCAAUCCCAUUAUGCUCGAUUGAAUAUGGUACUGUUAUAGUUGAUUCUAGAUGACUUUGCAUACCGUUGGGUUUGCGAACAUUUUUGGGAAUCUCAUGUACACAAAUCAUAAGAAAAUAUGGGGAAACAUAGGAGGAGACCUCUUCCAGGUACUGAAUUGUCAUCUAACCUAAGUUCUAACUAAAUUCCAUAGUCCAAGGGUUCCCUGAACUUCUGGAAACAAAAUUACAAACUCCCAUGAUGAGCAACUUAGGAACUCCAUUACCUUUUUAUCAAUUCUUUGGCUAGAUGAAGGAAUUCACAAACUUACUUCUUUAGUGA